AUGAAUGUUUCAUUACAGACUCGUCGGCGUCGCAGCUUUCCGUCGUCCCGAAAGUCUACAGCUAUCCCCGUAAACGAAGGCUCUAUCUCAAUUGUCAACCAUCUCAUCUCCGAUAGACCAGCAAGUCUGCCGGCAAAGCCUCCAGAAAUCUGCACACAGAGGUAUGCGAGUCAGGUCAGUGAACCGCUCGCGGCACUAGAUAAUGUCCAGAUCGUGGAAGAAAUGCCCGACCUCCGGUCCGUGGACUCCUUCGGCAGAAAACGCAAGACCAUAGCCCAUUCGCCUUCACAGGCUGGCCAGGAUAGCCCCUUCUCAGUAGAUCUUUCCCCGAUUAUCGAAGAUAUUGCAUUGUUUCCGCCGUUAAUGGCAAUUCCUCAGCCCGCAGUUCCGCCCAAGUCUGGCCUGCGCCGCGUCACACCUCGUGCCAAUGAUAGCCCGGAAUCACAGGACGAAGACCUCUUGCACGAAGACCCUAGCAUCCCAGCCCUUCUCUUGACCUUUCCGACGCCAGAAUUACCGCACUCACCUAUUCUGGCACCUCAGCUUCCCUUCAGGCUCCCUUACGAAGAUGACAUCCGUCCCGACUCACAGGCACUUGCUCUCGAUGACAAGCAUUCCCUCGCUCACGGCAACUCCGUCCACUCUGAAUGUCGAGACGAAACAGCAAACCUUUCUCCGCAACAAAGCAUUUCCCAGAAUAUCUCGCCGCCCUCGCCUCUUAAUGUUUCAGGGCGGAUCAGCCCUCAAGAUUCCCUGCUGGAGGAAAUCGUCAGCGACUUGAUCCAUCGACAUGCACCGAACGAUUCUCCAGGCUCUCGCCAUCUCCUGUCUCCAUCCUCUGCCCCUCCGUCUCCUCCUCGCUGUACAUACUGCGGCUUCGGCUUCGGAUACUCUCUCGCUCUCGCCGACAUGUCCUCAGCCUCAGUCAAUCGCUCUCGCACCUCUCUCGACGUCAAACGCUCGUCCUCUCGCAGCAACCUCGCCGGUCCCGGCAAUCGUCUCUACGCGUCUUCAUCGUCCAUCGCCUCCUUCAAUAGCGCCGCGAGCUCUGUCGUGCCCCUCAAAACGGAACCCUGCGACCUGUGUGCUCCGCAGUGGUCAGCUUGCAAGGACUGGUACGCGGUGCGCGGUCGGCGCCUGCGAGACCCGGCAAGCCAGAACGCGAAAACCCGAACCAUGGAGAAGAAGUCCAGGUGGAGGUGGGAGGGAAAGAAGGGGAAGCCUGCGGUGGACCAGGCGAGCGUUGAGCAUAAGAGCCAGUGGUUCUCGGACAGCAUGAAGAAGAGCCGCUCGGUCAACGAGUUUGGCGUCAUGCGUCGUCCUUGGGGAAGCGCUGGGCAGUCAGCACCGGCGGCGUCGGGUAGGGUCGACCAUGGCGCUACGCAGGGUGGCAAUCUCAGUGUCAGCGGGCCGGGUGACGUCGGGCGUUCGGCGUCGAUGGACUUCAAGAAGACGCAGAGGACCUCUGCACAAUCAGAUGCGUCUGUCCUUCGCCGCAUUCGCCGUUUGUUUAUUACCGAGUCUCGGUCGUCGAAGCCGAGUGGGGGAUCGCCCCCACCGUAA